AUGGACUUCAACCUCGAGGGCCUGCGCGUGUUCUUCCCGUAUCCCCAGAUAUACCCCGAGCAGCUGGCGAUGAUGACCGAGUUCAAGCGCUCGCUCGACGCGCGCGGGCACGGCGCGAUCGAGAUGCCCACGGGGACGGGGAAGACGAUCACCGUGCUGUCGCUGUGCGUGAGCUAUCAGAUCGCGCACCCGGAGUGUGGGAAACUGAUAUACUGCACGCGCACGGUGCCGGAGAUGGAGAAGGUGCUGGCGGAGUGCCGGACGUUGGAACGAUUCAUAGCGGCGCGAGCGGGCGAGGACGUCGCGGCGAUGCUGGCGCUCGGGCUGUCGUCGAGGAAGAACAUGUGCGUGAAUCCGCGAGUCGUGGACGAGGGGUCGAGGGAGAGCGUGGAUGGGAAGUGCCGACGGUUGACGGCGAGCUGGGUGCGAGAGAAACGGUUGGAACGGGAGGCGCGAGGGGCGAGCGAAAACGAAAACGUGGAGGACGGGGGCGAAGGGAACUGUUGCGAAUUUUUUGAGGAUUUUGAGAGCGCGGGAGAGAAGGCGGUGUUGCCUCCGGGGGUGUACACCUUGCACGAUUUGCGCGCGUUCGGGCGAACGAAGAAGUGGUGUCCGUAUUUUUUGGCGAGGAAUAUGAUUUCGUUCGCCAACGUCGUGGUGUACAACUAUCAGUAUAUGCUCGACCCGAAGGUGGCAAGCUUGGUGUCGAGUUCGUUGGAAAAGGAGUGUAUCGUAGUGUUCGACGAAGCGCACAACAUCGAUAACGUGUGCAUCGAGGCGUUGAGUGUGAAUCUUCGCCAGCAGACGUUGGAAAACGCGGGGCGGUCGAUUACGUCGUUGAACACGCGCAUAGACAGGGCGAAACAAACCGACGAGCGGCGGCUUCGUCAAGAGUACGAGCGCUUGGUGAACGGGCUGGCGCAGCAAGGCGUGUUAGCGCGAGGCGGUGGCGAAGACGUGUUGAUGAACCCGAUUAUUCCGGAUGAUAUUUUGCGCGAAGCCGUGCCGGGGAACAUUCGACGGGCCGAGCACUUCGUCGCGGUGUUGAAACGAUUCGUUGAGUACCUCAAUAUGCGAUUACGAUCGACGCAGGUGGAACAAGAAACACCGACGGCGUUUUUGCAGCACUGCGCCGCGAACGCGGGAAUAGACGGGAAGACGUUGAAGUUUUGCUACGACCGCUUGACGAGCCUGUUGAAGACGCUCGAAGUCGUGGACAUGGACGAAUUCAACGCGCUAUCUUUGGUGGCAAACUUUGCCGCGUUGGUUGGGACGUACUCAAACGGCUUUGCGCUGAUUCUCGAGCCUUACGAUGAGCGUUAUCCAAACAUUCCGGAUCCAGUGUUGCAACUCGCGUGCUUGGACGCGUCGCUCGCCAUCAAGCCCGUGUUUGAGCGUUUCCAGUCCGUGUUCAUCACGUCUGGAACGUUGAGUCCGAUUGAUUUGUACCCAAAACUUCUUGGGUUCAAUCCUGUGAGCGUACGGAGUUUAGCAAUGACGCUUACGCGCGAUUGCUUGUGUCCGAUGGUGAUCACUCGUGGGGCGGAUCAGCAAGCCGUGUCGACGAAGUUUGACAUGCGCGACGAUCCGAACGUGAUUCAAAAUUACGGGCGAAUCUUGAUUGGUCUCGCGCAAACCGUUCCCGACGGCAUUGUCGCUUUUUUCGUAUCGUAUUCUUACAUGGAAAACAUCGUGAGCAAGUGGCACGAGACGGGAAUUUUGCGAGAAAUCAUGCAACACAAACUCGUCUUCAUCGAAACCACCGACGUGGUUGAGACGUCUUUGGCGCUCGACAAUUACCGACGCGCGUGUAACUGCGGCCGGGGCGCGAUUUUCCUCUCUGUCGCGCGCGGAAAAGUUGCGGAAGGGAUCGAUUUCGAUCGGCACUACGGCCGCGCCGUCGUCAUGUACGGCGUACCGUAUCAGUACACGCUCUCGCGCAUCUUGCGCGCGCGACUCGAGUAUUUGCGAGAGACGUUCCAAAUCAAAGAGAGCGACUUUUUAGCGUUUGAUGCGGUGAGGCAAGCGGCGCAGUGCGUCGGGCGAGUCAUCCGCUCGAAAAAAGAUUACGGUCUCAUGGUUUUUGCGGACAAACGAUACAACUCGCAGGACAAGCGCGGAAAGCUGCCGGGAUGGAUCACCACGCACUUGCGCGAAGAGGUACUGAACUUGUCCACGGACAUGGCCAUGCAAGUCGCGCGGACGUUCAUGCGCUCUAUGUCCCAACCGUUCAGCCAUGAUGAGAACACGCAGUCCCUGCUCGAUCAAGCGAUGGUCGAUCGACUCGCCGUCGAAGGGGGUUGGCGGGAGGCGUUGCCGGCGCUUUCUCGAAAGUUGGCGCCCGAGAUCACGAUGCACCUUUCUUAGAUGAGCAC